GAUGGGGAAUUUGAGGUCUUGUCUUUGUGAGGAUACAAAGGGACUACUAUAUUUGUAUGAAGCCUCAUAUCUUUCAAUUGAUGGUGAAAGUUUAUUAGAUGAGGCCAGGGAUUUCACAACUAGGAAUCUCAAAGAAAACCUCAAGAAGAAGGAUAUUGAUCAAAAUCUCGCCAUGCUAGUUAGACAUUCCUUGGAGCUUCCCCUACAUUGGAGGGUGCAAAGGCUAGAGGCAAGAUGGUUCAUUGAUGUGUAUGAGAGAAGACAAGAUAUGAAUUCUAUAUUGCUUGAGCUUGCGAAAUUAGAUUUCAACAUGGUGCAAGCAAUUCACCAGCAAGAAGUAAAACAAAUGUCAAGGUGGUGGAGGAGUACAUGUUUGGGAAAAAAGUUGAGCUUUGCUAGAGAUAGGUUGAUGGAGAAUUUUUUAGGCACUCUGGGAGUGAAUUUUGAGCCUCAAUUUGGAUACUUUAGGAGAAUGUCCACGAAGGUCUACACACUGAUAACAAUAAUAGAUGAUAUCUAUGAUGUGUAUGGUUCAUUGGAGGAACUUGAACUAUUUACCAAUGCCGUUGAGAGGUGGGAUAUCAGUGCAAUGGAACAACUUCCAGACUAUAUGAAGAUAUGCUUCCUCGCUUUAUUCAACUCUAUUAAUGAAAUGGCUUAUGAUGCACUCAAGGAACAAGGAUUGCACAUCAUUUUACACCUAAAGAAAGUGGGGAGAAUUUAA